AUGCGGGCUUCCGGAUGGAUCUUAUUUGCCGCCACAUUCCUCACAUCGACCGUCCACUCAAUAGAGACGGCACCCUUCACCGAAGCAGAAGAAGCCACAGCCAACAAACGAGCCUUUGAAAUCCUCCGCAUUCUCAGACGAGCUGAAAACAACUGCCCGGCCGGCUUCACCCCUUGCACCGAACUGGGCAACGCCAACGCAUGCUGUAAGCACGGGACGAACUGCUCACGGGAUGACGCCAACAACAUCGCCUGCUGUGCAAGUGGCGCAAGCUGUACCGGCAGUCUGACAGGUACGAAGACGACGGGUACAGGCACUGGCUUCAUGUUCCCCGGCGGCGCAUCCGCAACCCCCACUUCCGAUGGUAGGGCGGGGUCCGUAACCGGGUCGACACUAGACGGUGCAUACCCAUUUAUUGUUGUCCCGACAGCUUUCAAAAAUGCUGAGACUUGCUCAUCGUACUACUCGCUGUGUCGGUCUGAGUACACACAGUGCACUGGCGCGCUGAUGGGCCGCUACGGUGUCACUAUUGGCGGUGCCGGGGAGGGCAAGACGGUUCAGGCUGUCACGGCUGUGUCGCAGGCAACUUCCAUUUGCUCAAGCCUGAGUGCGGAUGCUUGCCAUGGUCUUAAUUUGGGGUACUGUGGCAGCGUUGCGACACAGACGGGUAAUGCGGACGACACUGGGAAUGAUGCCUCUCCUGUGCGGAUGUCGAGUCUCCAUGAUCUGGUCUUCGGGCUGGCGGUUGGGGUUGCGGGAAUGUUUAUAUGA